AUGGCAGGAAACUACCCACAGUUUCUCUCCUCCAUGAUGGCCGGCGCAGAGGCGCACGCGUCUAUGAGCCCAGAGGAGCUAAAUUACCCUUACUUACCCGGGCCACAUCUGCCUGUCAAUACUGUUCCAGUCAACUACCAGAAUUUUGGUCAUUUCACCGGAUUUUCAGGGCCUUCAUUCGCUUUUCAACCGGCAACUGCAAAAGGGAGGCGAAAAUCAGCGUCUGCAGCCGCUGCGGACGCAGAACAGGUUAAGCAUCGCAGGACCAGGUCCGGGUGUUUUACUUGCCGGGGCCGCAGAGUCAAGUGUGACGAGGCCCGUCCAAUAUGUGAACGUUGUCGGAAAGGAGGCAGAGACUGUGUCUAUCCCGACCCAUCAGCAUCAAAGGGAAGCUCACGGCAAAAGGAAUCUACGUCUACUUCUGCCUCAAACCAAAGCCCAACAUCAUCAAACUCCGACGACGUGGAGCACGACGAAACCAAACACUCCGUGACGCUCGAUACGAUACUGGACGAAGAUGAAGACUGUGCUUCUCUGAAGCGACCGCCAAAAAACAAGCUUGUGCUUCAGAUAUCGGAUCCUAGCUCGCAUGAGAACAACAGCUUGUCACCGUCUCCCUCCACGGCGACCUCGCGAGACCACUUUUUUCCCGGAAACUACCAAUCUGAUUUUCAUUCCGUUAUGAUGGGAGAUCCAAACCUUUCCAACCUACCAGAUGACUACCAAAUGCACUUACAAUAUCUGUACGAAAACGUCACUUGUCAUCACUACUCCCUUACCAACGAUACCGACAACUUCUUUGUUCGUGGUAUGAUUAUCGAGGCGUCCAGGAAUCAGCUGUUGCUUAAUGCAGUCGUUGCCUUUGCUGCCUAUCUAAGAAUCAUCGAACAGCCUGAAGGAAAGCUUCGAGACUUUCUACUUUACUAUAACCGCAGCAUCACGUUACUCUUAGAGUGCCUAGCGCAAGAGCAAACGCACAAUCUCCCAACUCUUCUGAGUAUACUACAGUUGGCAACAAUCGAGGAAUACUUGGGUGACUGGCUGAACCUGAUGGGCCACCAAAGAGCGGCUUUGGAGCUUUUCACCAAGCUGUUUACUCCUCAGACAGUCAUGGAAACACAUACGACAUUUCGAGACUAUUCGUGGCGUCCAAAGCCAGAUCCAGACGACAUUAUCGAUCCUUGCGAACCAGGAUUGCUCUACACUCCUCCGCUCCUCAGCUCAACAAUCGUAUCAGUGGAGUGGCACGCAUUGAUUAUAUUACACAAGUCGCUGGCCAAGACUGUUUCUCGAGAAAGGCUCAUGGCAGAUCUGGUCAGGCACAGCUAUACCGUAUGCCAACUGUUCGAGGCGCUGGAGUACUGGCCGUCGACGCCAAAGGGCGUUCUUUUGGGUCUCGGGCCGUUUCUUGUACUGGUGGCACUCUUUCUACCUCGAGACUCGCGCCACCGGGUGUGGUUGUGGCGAAAGUUUGCAUUACUGGAAACAAUGGGGUCGAUCCAAACUCUCCCAUUUCGGUCAAAGAUGGCGAGACUGUUUCACGACGAGGACGCCACGCGAUGGUGGCUGCGGGACAACGAAGGAUUCAGCCCGAUGCUGCAGAGUAUCCGCAACUUUGCUGACGAGCGACAUAACGCAGCCGCCAAUGUGCAGCGUGACUACGUGAAAGUUAUGGGGAAGCUGUUUGACAAGCUCGACUUCGCAGCGGACCUUGAACAAUAG